CCGGAUGCAACUUGAACUGUGGACAACAAUGUUGUAAUUGACCCGCGCUUCACUGUCCUCAGUAACUAUUAUCACUGCUUCCUGUGCCAGUGUAUAUAAAUUUCACGCCCUGAACGGAUUGUAAAUCUCUCCUCUUUGUGGUUGGAUCAUGCUUUCCCAGUUAAAGUCACAAGCCCCCUCAAGAUUAUCCCAGUUAGCACGGCAGUUGGCUGGUCAAAAGAGGACAAUGGCAGGAUACACCAAGACGAAGUUCACUCUGAACACCGGUGCCGAAAUUCCAGCUAUUGGCUUCGGCACAUGGCAGGAUAAAGAAGCACAAGAAGAUGCAGUGUACGAGGCGUUGAAAGCAGGUUACCGACAUAUUGACACUGCCAGAGUCUAUGGCACCGAGCCUGGAGUGGCUAAAGGGAUCCAAAAGAGUGGCGUGCCGCGGAGUGACAUCUUCAUCACCACCAAACUAUGGAACAAUGCACACCAUCCAGACGAUGUGGAAAAGGCAUGCGAUGCCUCGCUGAAGGAUCUGCAGACCGACUAUCUGGACUUGUAUCUGAUGCACUGGCCGAGUCCAUUCGCGCGCAGCGACAAACUCUUCCCCAAGGAGGGCGAGAAGAUCCUCACUGGUGACACGGAUUAUGUCGACACCUACAAGGCCAUGGAGAAAUUGGUGGAAAAGGGCAAAUGCAAGGCCAUUGGCGUCAGCAAUUUUUCCAAGGCUGAACUUGAGCGUCUACUGAAGGAAGCCUCGAUCGUACCGGCCGUGCACCAGCUCGAAUGCCACCCUUACCUGCAACAAUCCAGUUUCGCCGAGUGGCACAAGGAGAAGGGCAUCCACAUCACUCAGUACUCGCCUUUCGGCAACGCCAACCCAAUCUACGAGGGAGGGCAGAACGUGCCCAAGCUGAUUGAUGACCCGGUUCUGACCGACAUUGGGAGGAAAUAUGGCAAGAAUGGAGCACAGGUGGCCCUGGCCUGGGGAAUCGCCAGAGGACACAGCGUGAUUCCAAAGUCCAAGACUCCGGCGCGCAUCAAGGCCAACUUUGAAGGCGACUUCAAGCUCGACCCGGAGGACGUGAAGAAGAUUGACGCCCUUGACAAGAAAUUGAGAUUCAACGACCCAUCGGACUCGUUUGGAUGGAACUUCUACGCCGACCUUGAUGGGAAGAAGAAAUAGACAGUAGCGCCUGAGGAUACCGCAGGAGCGAGCUUCGGCCGUCCAAGAGAAAGAUGUUCGGGACAUUUCUGCCCUCAUUUCUAGAUUCCCACAUUAUUCAUCUGAGGAGUUGUAGGUUGCCGCCGUUGUAGACUGUAGUUGUACAUUGUAUGCUGUGUUUCUGCAGGAGUGUCUCUAUUCUCGG